CUGUUCAACAGCCCAUGAAAACAGGAGAGGAGAGAGAAUCGAGAGAAGUCAUCAGCUUCACCUGAACAAAAAAGAAGCACAAGCAAAUCCACAUGGGGCAGGGAGAGGCUUCAGCGCGAGGGACAACCAUGGAGGGGGACUGUCUCAGCUGCAUCAAGUACCUCAUGUUUGUCUUCAAUUUCCUCAUCUUUCUGGGGGGCUCUUUCCUCCUGGGAGUGGGAGUGUGGGUGCUGGUGGAUCCCACAGGGUUCAGGGAAAUUGUAGCAGCCAACCCCCUGCUAUUCACUGGUGUCUACAUUAUCCUGGGCAUGGGAGGCAUGCUCUUCCUUCUGGGCUUCCUGGGCUGCUGUGGAGCCAUCCGCGAAAACAAGUGUCUGCUCCUCUUUUUCUUCAUGCUCAUCCUACUCAUCUUCUUAGCCGAGCUGGCUGCUGCCAUCCUGGCCUUCAUAUUUCGGGAGCAUCUGACCAGAGAGUACUUCACCAAGGAGCUGAAGAGACAUUAUCAGGGCUACAACAACACUGACGUCUUCACCUCCACAUGGAAUGCCAUCAUGACUACAUUUGAAUGCUGUGGGGUGAACAGCCCAGAGGAUUUUAAGGACAGCCUGUUCAGGCUAAUCAACCAAAAUCAUAUGGUGCCAGAAGCCUGCUGCCAGCAUGCCAGUCAGACCAGGGAGUUGGCCUAUAUCACCCAGGAGCAGUGCUUAUCAGGCAGUAUGAUGUUCCGCAAUAACAAGGGCUGUUACUCUGCAGUAGUUGACUACUUUGAACUGUACAUCUAUGUGGCUGGAGCGCUGGCCAUCGUGGUUCUGACCAUUGAGCUCUUUGCCAUGGUCUUUGCAAUGUGUCUCUUCAGGGGAAUCCAGUAGAGCGGCUCUAUCUGUGAACUUCUUUUUCAAAAAAGGGAAUUAAGGAGAAAAGAACAAAAAGGACACUUGUAAAUUUGUUGAUCUCUUUUUCUAUUGGCUAAUUGGUAGAGAAAACAAACUCCUGUACUUCACAGCUGGACUUUUGAGGUACUGGGUGGCAAAAAAACACAUACAUAUGCAUUAACACAUACACAUAAACCACUGAUAAAGUGGGAGAUCAGAGACAAAACUGAUGUAAAACGAUUUGUGUGUAAAGUGGAAACAGUCAUUUUUUUGGACCAGGUCUAGCACAGACUGGGAGUAAAGUGGACCAGGCAUGAGGACCAGGUGAAGCCUGAGCAGAAGGCACUGCACUGACUUUUGGAUGAAGAAUAUUUAUAUUAAGUAAAGUUGGCUUAACUGUUAAAAAUGUUUUGAUGUACACUUUGCUGUUAACCCUGUUCCCUUUCAUAUUGUAUACUGUAACACACUCCCUCCCCUAUAUGCCUUUUUACAGCCAUUCUUCUUUAAUGCUGUUAUAUAAGCUUUGUGUGUGUGUGUGCGUGUGUGUGCGUGCGUGCGUGCGUGCGUGCGUGUACAUACUGGAUGCUCUUUUUGAAU